AUGGCGGAGGCGGCUUUGGACGCCGUGCGGAGGGAGUUACGAGAAUUCCCGGCGGCGGUGCGGGAGCUUACCGUGCCUCUCGCCGUGCCCUACCUGGACCAGCCCCCCACCCCGCUUCACUUCUACCGGGACUGGGUCUGUCCCAACAGGCCCUGCAUCGUCCGCAACGCCCUGCAGCACUGGCCGGCCCUCCGGAAGUGGUCGCUCCCCUACCUCAGAGCCACCGUGGGCUCCGCGGAGGUGAGCGUGGCCGUGACCCCGGACGGCUACGCGGACGCCGUGCGGGGGGGCCGCUUCGUGCUGCCCGCCGAGCGCCGCCUGCCGCUGAGCCGCGUGCUGGACGUGCUGGAGGGCCGGGCCCAGCACCCGGGGGUGCUCUACGUGCAGAAGCAGUGCUCCAACCUCCUCACCGAGCUGCCCCAGCUGCUGGGCGACCUGGAGCCCCACGUGCCCUGGGCCUCCGAGGCGCUGGGAAGGAUGCCGGACGCCGUGAACUUCUGGCUGGGGGAGGCGGCGGCCGUGACGUCCUUGCACAAGGACCACUACGAGAACCUGUACUGCGUGGUCUCGGGAGAGAAGCACUUCCUGCUGCAUCCGCCCAGUGACCGGCCCUUCAUCCCCUACGAGAUGUACACGCCAGCAACCUACCGGCUCACCGAGGAGGGCUCCUUCCACAUGGUGGACGAGGAGGCCACGGAGAAGGCCAAGGUGCCCGAGACGUGCCUGCUCACCAUUCGCGUCCUACGGGCCCACGGCCUGCCCUCCAAGGACCUAGUGACCGCCUCGGACUGCUAUGUGACGCUGUGGCUGCCCACGGCCUCCAGCCACAGGCUGCAGACACGCACCGUGAAGAACAGCAGAAACCCCGUCUGGAACCAGAGCUUUCGCUUCCGCAUCCACAGGCAGCUCAAGAACGUCGUGCAGCUGCAGGUCUUCGACGAGGACCCCUGGACCGGCGACGACGAGAUGCUGUCGGUGCUGUACGACCUGGGGCCCCUGCAGCCCGGGGAGUCCCGCCACGAAAGCUUCCUCCGGAGCCCGCAGGGGGGGGCGCGGCUGGAGGUUGAAUUUCGGCUGCAGAGUCUGACCGACCGUGCCGAGCAGCUGGUCAGCAAUGGCAUCCUGGUGGCCCGGGAGGUCUCCCGCCUGCACGUCCGCCUGGAGGCGGCUGGGGACCAGACGGGGUCAGAGGGCAGAGUUCAGCUCGUGGUUCCCGGGGCCCAUGAGGGGCCACAGGAGGCCUCAGUGGGCACUGCCUCCUGCUUCCACUGCCUGCCCUGCUGGGAGCCGGAGCUGAGCGUCCGCCUGCAGGACGCCCCCCAGGAGCAGCUGAAGGUGCCCCUGAGGGCCCUGCCCUCUGGCCAGGCGGUGAGCCUCGUCUUCCCCACGUCCCAGGAGCCUCUGAUGCGGGUGGAGCUGAAGAGAGAAGAAGGGCCGAAGGAGCUGGCCGUGCGGCUGGGCUGCGGGCCCUGCGCCGAGGAGCGCGCCUUCCUGAGCCGGCGGAAGGCGGUGGCGGCCGAGGCCCUGAAGCGGGCCCUGCAGCUGGACGCAGACCUGCAGGAGGACGAGGUCCCGGUGGUCGCUGUGAUGGCCACUGGUGGUGGCAUCCGGGCAAUGACCGCCCUGCACGGGCAGCUGGCCGGCCUGCAGGAGCUGGGCCUCCUGGAUUGCGUCUCCUACAUCACAGGAGCCUCGGGAUCCACCUGGGCUUUGGCCAACCUCUACGAGGACCCGGAGUGGUCCCAGAGGGACCUGGCGGGGCCCACGGAGCUGCUGCGGGCCCAGGUGACCAGGAGCAAGCUGGGCGCACUGGCCCCCGGGCAGCUGCAGCGCUACCGGCGGGAGCUGGCCGCCCGUGCCCGCCUGGGCCACCCGCCCUGCUUCACCGACCUGUGGGCCCUCGUCAACGAGGCGCUGCUGCACGGCGAGCCCCACGACCACAAACUCUCAGACCAGCGGGAGGCCCUGGCCCGCGGCCAGAACCCUCUGCCCAUCUACUGCGCCCUCAACACCAAGGGGAGGAGCCUGACCACCUUUGAGUUUGGCGAGUGGUGCGAGUUCUCCCCCUACGAGGUCGGCUUCCCCAAGUACGGCGCCUUCAUCCCCUCCGAGCUCUUCGGCUCCGAGUUCUUCAUGGGGCGCCUGGUGAGGCAGCUCCCCGAGUCCCGCAUCUGCUUCCUGGAAGGGAUCUGGAGCAACCUGUAUGCCGCCAACCUCCAGGACAGCUUGUACUGGUCCUCUGAGCCCGGCCAGUUCUGGGACCGCUGGGCACAGGACCAGGCCAGCCUGGACAGGGAGCAGGGCCCCCUUCUGAAGGUCGAGGAGCCUCCCUCGGGGGCCGGCAGGAUAGCCGAGUUCUUCACCGACCUCCUCACCCGGCGCCCGCUCCCCCAGGCCUCCCACAACUUCCUGCGCGGCCUCCAUUUCCACCGGGACUACUUCCAGCACCCCCACUUCUCCAGCUGGAAAGCCACCAAACUGGACGGGCACCCCAACCAGCUGACCCCUGCCGAGCCCCACCUCUGCCUGCUGGAUGUCGGCUACUUCAUCAACACCAGCUGCCCGCCCCUCCUGCGGCCCACGCGGGGCGUGGACCUCAUCCUGUCGCUGGACUACAGCCUCCACGGGGCCUUCCAGCAGCUGCAGCUCCUCGGCCGGUUCUGCCAGGAGCAGGGCAUCCCGUUCCCGCCCAUCGCGCCCAGCCCCGAGGAGCAGCGCCGGCCGGGGGAGUGCCGCCUGUUCCUGGACCCCGCGCGCCCCGAGGCGCCCGCCCUGCUGCACUUCCCCCUGGUCAACGGCUCCUUCCGGGAGCACUCGGCCCCCGGAGUCCGCCGGGCCGCCGAGGAGGCGGCGGCCGGGGAGGUGAACCUGUCCUCGGCCAGCUCCCCGUACCACUACUCGAAGGUGACCUACAGCCCCGAGGACGCGGACAAGCUGCUCCGGCUGACGCGGUACAACAUCCUCAACAACCGGGAGGCGCUGCUGGCGGCCCUGCGGGAGGCCGUGCGGCGGCGCAGGCGGCCCCAGUGA